AUGUCUGAGACGAACCAAAGGAACAAAUCAUUACGUCGUUUAUCGUCGUCUGUAUUUCAGAAGGAACCUAUUUUGCAUGAGGCAUUGAUCAAGGAUAACACCAUGAACCAAUUCUCCUCUGAGAUAUCAUCCAACUCUUCUUCUAGCACUUCGAUUUCGUUGAGUGCAAACUUCCCACCACAGACACACGUGAAUGGAAUCCUGGCACAUAGUAUACUUGGUAGAAACAUGCCUGUUUCACGUGAUGAGAAUAUCAAACAUUGUAAAGACAUUGACAACGAACACAAUGCUGUUGAUUCGUUACAAGAAUCCCAAGGUUUAAACAGCGUCAGGUCACAUGUGGACUUGGCUAAAACAGCACACAGUGUUCGUGCUCUGGCGAAGAGACUGAACAGAACGACAAUACAUCUCUGUAUGAAUACUGUUUGCAUUGUUACCAAAGCUAGGGAUAACUCGUUGAUCUAUCUUACAAAAGAAUUGACUGAAUGGCUCUUAGUCACCAAUCCGGGGUUGACUGUUUAUGUCGAUAAAAACUUGAAGGCCUCACAUAGAUUUGAUGCAUCGGGAUUGGUUAAGGAUAUUCCGAAUAGUACACAUAGGUUAAAAUUCUGGGAUAAGCAGCUCAUACAGGAGGGACGAGUCUUAUUUGACUUUGUGAUUACUUUAGGUGGUGAUGGGACAGUUCUACAUGCCUCGACCUUGUUUCAAAAUGCAGUGCCGCCCAUCAUAUCAUUUGCAUUGGGAUCGCUAGGCUUCUUAACUUGUUUUGAAUUUGAGAAUUUCAGAGAAAUACUAUCAUCAGUUUUCAACCAGGGAGUGAAGACAGACCUGAGGAUGAGAUUUACCUGCAGAGUCCAUAGAGCAAAUGGUGACAUUGUAUGUGAGCAACAGGUUCUCAAUGAACUGACAAUUGAUAGAGGGCCAUCCCCCUAUGUGACUAUGCUUGAGUUAUACGGAGAUGAUAAUUUAUUGACAGUUGCACAAGCAGACGGUCUGAUUAUUGCUACUCCCACAGGAUCUACAGCGUACUCGUUGUCUGCCGGGGGAUCACUUGUCCACCCCGAGGUGAGUUGUAUAUGUAUCACACCAAUUUGUCCCCACACUCUAUCAUUUAGACCGAUAAUGAUCCCAGAUACUAUGAAACUAAAAAUCAAAGUCCCCCUUAGAAGCAGGUCGACGGCAUGGGCUGCAUUUGACGGUCGAAAACGUGUAAAACUAGAAACCGGCGACUACGUCGUAGUCUACGCAUCUUGCUACCCUUUUCCGACAGUUAAGGGGAAUUAUGACCAAUAUUUUGAUACAGUUAGUCGUGUUCUCAACUGGAAUAGCCGAAAAGAACAAAAGGGUUUUAAACAUUUACUCAGUGAUAAAAACAAGAAAAUAUGCGAUGAGGAGGAGAAGGAUGAUUUAGCCGAUGAAACAGAACAUGAGGAAUGGGAUAUAGAUUAUUCUGAGGAAGACUCUUGA